AUGAGCCGACGCGCCGGGGCGCUGGCGCGCGAGGACCCCGCGGGUCCUAGUCCAGAGGCUGAUAAAAGAGAGGAAGAGGAGGAGGAAGAUGGCAUGGGGCCUUGUCCGCCAGUCACCCCGAAGAACUGCUUUGCUCCCCGGGGCAUCAGCGUCCUGGAGAAACUCGUCAAAACGUGCCCGGUGUGGCUGCAGCUGGGCCUGGGCCGGGCGGAGGCAGCCCGGAUCCUGCACCGGGAGGCGGCCGGGACCUUCCUGGUGCGUAGGGACGGCGGCUCGAAGCACCUGGUGCUCUGUGUCCACUUCCCUUCCCGGAACGGGAGCUCGUCCGAGGUGCUCGAGUACACCAUCAGAGAAGAAAAGUCGAUAUUGUACCUGGAGGGCUCGGUUCUUGUGUUUGAGGACAUCUUCAGACUGAUCGCGUUCUACUGUGUCAGUAGAGAUUUACUGCCCUUCACACUGAGGCUGCCGCAGGCCAUCCUUGAGGCCAGCAGCUUUACAGACCUCAAGACCAUCGCCAACCUGGGCCUGGGUUUCUGGGACUCCUCGCUGAACCCCCGGCGAGCAGCUGGCAGCCCAGCGGAACCCCCGAGAGACCCAGCCCCAAGGGCGCCCCCCACCGCCAGCCUCAGGCCAGCUUCCCACCAGGAAAACUGCGCGUGUGAGAUUGAGCUCUCCGUAGGAAAUGACCGCCUGUGGUUUGUGAAUCCCAUCUUCAUCGAGGACUGUGGCAGCGGCAGCGCCCUGCCUGCCGACCGGCCGCCCCUGAGAAGAUGCCCCUCCAGCCCGUUGCCUCCCACCUCUGACUCUACCUCACCCGCCUCCCGGUGGGCCCCUCGCCGCCCGGCGCCCCCGCCCCCAGCACCCCCUCUCCACCCCCUCAGUCCUGCCCGGCCUCUUCCACCCCCUGCCCCAGCUCCGGCCUGCCCUCUGCCCAGUUCUCCCCCACCUCCAGACGCCCUUCCUCCUGCAGCCCCAGCAUCUGCCCCCCACCUGGCCCCCCAUGCCCUGCGCCCCCGGGACCAUCCAAGCCAGCUACCCAUGACAGCCUGCGAGAGGCCCCCAUGCCCCCCCGCAGGCCUGGGCGCCCUCCGGGAGGAAGAGAAGAAGCCAGGGGCGGCCCCCAGCCCCCUGCAGCAGGCCCUCGCCCCUCCGGGGCCGGGGAAGAAAGGCGCCCCUGCAGCUCCUCCCAGACGCCGCCUCUCUGAGAAGCUCUCCCUGGAGGACCCAAAGGUGGAGAAGGUGGACAGGGCCACCACCGCCCAGUGGGACCAGCCGGCUCUUUCCCGGCCGCCCUCCCUCGCCCUGCCUCCCCAGGGGACCUCAGACAGCCCUGGGGACAGGCCUCUGAGGACCACAGAGCAAGGACAGGAAGUAGUGGCCCAAGCCAGCCAGCUGGGCAUCCUGCCAGAGUCGGCAAGGAAGAUCCGGCCACCCCCAGUGCCCCCUCCUAGGAAGAAGCGGAUUUCCCGGCAGCUGGCCUCAGUCCUUCCGAGCCCCUUGGAGAGCGCCGAGCUCUCCACGGAGGAGGCAGCCCCCGAGAAACCCAGCCCUGGCCCGCCCGGAGAGGGACAACGCCCCCCCGCCUCCCAAGCUGGGACCCAGAGCCCAGAAGACCCGGCCAGCGCCCGGCGCCAGAGCCCCCCGGAGUUCAAGGGCUCCCUGGCCUCCCUCUCAGACAGCACGGGGGCGCACACCCCAGCCACCGAUCAAGACUCCUACUCGACCAGCAGCACGGAGGAGGAGCUGGAGCAGUUCAGCAGCCCCAGCGUGAGGAAGAAGCCGUCCAUGAUCCUGGGCAAGGCGCGGCACCGCCUGAGCCUCGCCAGCUUCACCAGCGUCUUCCAGGCCUUCCUCUCCAACGACCGCAAGCUGUACAAGAAGGUGGUGGAGCUGGCCCAGGACAAGGCCUCGUACUUCGGCAACCUGGUGCAGGACUACAAAGUGUACAGCCUGGAGAUGAUGGCGCGCCAGGCCUCCAGCACCGAGAUGCUGCAGGAGAUCCGCACCAUGAUGACCCAGCUCAAGAGCUACCUGCUGCAGAGCACCGAGCUCAAGGCGCUGGGGGACCACACCCAGUACUCUGAGGAGGAGCUGGAAGCGAUUGUGGAGUCCGCCUUGUACAAGUGCGUGCUGAAGCCCCUGAAAGAAGCCAUCAACUCGUGCCUCCACGAGAUCCACAGCAAGGAUGGCUCCUUGCAGCAGCUCAAGGAGAACCAACUGGUGAUCCUGGCCACCACCACCACCGACCUGGGCGUGACCACCAGCGUGCCCGAGGUGCCCGUCAUGGAGAAGAUCCUGCAGAAGUUCAGCAGCAUGCACAAGACCUACUCGCCCGAGAAGAAGAUCGCCAUCCUGCUCAAGACCUGCAAGCUCAUCUAUGACUCCAUGGCCCUCGGCAACCCAGGGAAGCCCUACGGGGCAGAUGACUUCCUGCCCGUGCUCAUGUACGUGCUGGCCCGCAGCAACCUCACCGAGAUGCUUCUCAACGUGGAGUACAUGAUGGAGCUCAUGGACCCCGCCCUGCAGCUGGGAGAGGGUUCCUACUACCUGACCACCACCUACGGGGCCCUGGAGCACAUCAGGAACUACGACAAGAUCACGGUGACCAGGCAGCUGAGCGUGGAGGUGCAGGACUCCAUCCACCGCUGGGAGCGCCGGCGCACGCUCAACAAGGCCCGCGCCUCCCGCUCCUCCGUGCAGGACUUCAUCUGCGUGUCGUACCUGGAGCCGGAGCAGCAGGCGCGGACGCUGGCCUCGCGCGCGGACACGGCGGCGGCGGCGCUGUGCGCGCAGUGCGCGGAGAAGUUCGAGGUGCCGCAGCCGCAGGACCACCGGCUCUUCGUGCUGGUGGACGGGCGCUGCUUCCAGCUGGCCGACGAGGCGCUGCCGCACCACAUCAAGGGCUACCUGCUGCGCAGCGAGCCCAAGCGCGACUUCCACUUCGUGUACCGGCCCCUGGACGGCGGCGGGGGCGGCGGGGACCCGCCCUGCCUCGUGGUGCGGGAGCCCAACUUCCUGUGA